AUGCAGCAGACGAAGUCCGGUGGCGGAGCCACCAUGCAACGCAGUGAAAGCAUGCAGCUGAAGGAGAGGAAGGUGAGGGAUUUGAUGGUGGAUAAGAGAAGGCUGGUGGAGGUGCCGUACACGGCGUCUCUGGCUCACACCAUGAAUACACUGGUGGCGAACAAGGUGGUGGCGGUGCCGGUGGCUGCGCCGCCAGGGCAAUGGAUCGGAGCUGGUGGGUCCAUGAUCGUGGAGUCAGAUAAACAAACCGGGGCCGUACGGAAGCAUUACAUAGGGAUGGUGACAAUGCUUGACAUCGUGGCCCACAUAGCUGGUGAUGACCACAUGAACGGUGGUGAUGAAGAUGUGACCAAAGAUCUUGAUCAAAGGAUGUCUGUCUCUGUCUCUUCCAUCAUUGGUCACUCCUUUGAAGGCCUUAGCUUGUGGACUCUCAAUCCCAAUACCAGCCUGUUAGAUUGUAUGGAAGUGUUUAGCAAAGGGGUGCAUCGUGCUAUGGUUCCAGUUGACAGCCAGAUAGAGAACGUGUCAGCUGGGGUGGAACUUGUAGAGUCUGCUUCAAGCUACCAAAUGCUCACUCAAAUGGAUGUGCUAAGGUUCUUGAAAGAACAUGCUGCUGAACUACAAAGCAUCGUGGCAUGCUCAGUUCAAGAUUUAGGGGCUGACACUGAAAAAAUUUAUGCCAUCACUGAACGCACAAGACUUGUAGAUGCCAUUAAGUGCUUAAAGUCUGCUAUGUUAAAUGCUGUUCCUAUUGUUUUAGCCUCUGAUAUCAGUGAAGAUGAUCACAAGCAGCUUAUAAACGGAAGAUGCAGGAAGCUUGUAGGUACAUUUUCAGCAACUGAUUCAAGAGGAUGUUACUUAGCCACACUGAAAUCAUGGUUGGGAAUAAGUGCACUGUCAUUCACUGAAGAAAUUGCAGCUAGUCCUUUGUACACAGCAGACACACAGAAUCUAGGUACUACCUCUAAUAGGGAACUUGUGACCUGCUAUGCUGAAUCACCUUUGUCUGAGGUAAUUGACAAGGCAGUCACUAAGCAUGUUCAUCGAGUUUGGGUGGUGGAUCACGAGGGUUUGCUCGUUGGGAUUGUGUCUCUCACAGAUGUUAUUAGAGUUAUAAGGCGUUCUCUGCUAUCAGAUUCAGAUGAUCAGUGA